AAACACCCCAAAAAAUGAUUAAGGGAAGUCUAUUAUUAUUAUUAUUAUUAUUUAUAGAAAGAAAAUGCAUAUUUUACCGAGCUGUCAUACACUUUUGCACUGUGUUGGUGCUCCUGUAGUAAAAUAUGUUGUUGUUGUUUUUUCUUUUGGUUGUAAUAUUGAAAUAUGUAGAAUGUUGAACAGGCGCGGGGGCGCGCACGUCGCGGUGACGCAGCGGCGGUGUUUGUGUCUCUCGGAGUCAGACUCGCUCCGCUGAUGAGGCGCAUCUGUCUCUCAGCGCGUUGCUUUUAAAGAAAACGUAUUUCGAUCCACAAAUACACUACAUCAGUGAGUUUAUUUUGCAUUCCCAAUCCAUUUUAGAUGUUUGUGUAGGUAUAUGCUUGAUUUAAUAGUCUUAAUUGGUUACAGAGCGGGACGUGAAUGAUUAUUAAAUGAUGGAUUCGAUUUUUUUAAAUACUGAAUUUUGCACACCGUGAUCUGCAUUUUAGUGGGGUUUUUUUUCCAUCAAGUGAACGAGGAAACUAAUGAACGCGGAAAUAUAAUGGUUAACAGUGCAAGACAGAACUUGCCUCCUAACCACCGUCUGCUGGCCGGACAGCUUCUCUCUCUGCCUCGUUCAGUACUGUGUAAUUAUCCCACACACGGUCACAAACAUCCCUGCUGUAGAGGAAUGGUUAUAGUGUCCUGAAGAGUCCAACCAGAGGAAAAAUAUGAAGGAAUGAUCUGAGAGUGAAUUACCCACUGAACACAAUCACGCACAAGAAUGCGCAUUAAAUAUACCAUUUCUAUCAUCUUUAUUGUGGCUCUGGUCAUCAUAGAAAAGGAAAACAACAUUAUUUCAAAGGUGUCUGAUAAACUGAGCCCCAGACUGACCCCGCUGCUGAUGCUCAGUGCUUCUCUCCUGUCUGCUGCACAGCACAAUGUCUCGACGGACAGCUCGGCCCAUCAACACCUGAGUAGUCUGCAGAACUCGACUCAGAGCAUCCAGCUGAGCGCGGCGUCCGCAGCCGGAGGACGUAAACACAUCCUUCUUCUGGCCACGACUCGCACCGGCUCCUCGUUCGUGGGAGAGUUUUUUAACCAGCAGGGCUCCAGCAUGUUUUACCUGUUCGAGCCGCUGUGGCACGUGGAGCGCAUGCUGACGGUCGAAAGCGGUGGCACCAACGCCUCGGUCGCGGGGCCGGCGUAUCGAGACGUGCUGCGACAGCUGCUCCUGUGUGACUUCUCACUGCUGGAGAGCUUCAUCGAGCCACCACCGCAGGAUCAUGUUACCCCUGCGCUCUUCCGGCGCGAGUCCAGCCGCUCACUGUGCGAGGAUCCUGUCUGCACGCCACUGGUCAGGAAGGUGUUUGAGCGAUACCACUGCCGUGAGCGCCGCUGUGGGCCGCUCAACCUGACGCUGGCCGCUCAGUCCUGUGCACACAAGCAGCAUCGUGCCAUCAAGUCCGUCCGUGUGCGGCAGCUGGAGACACUCCGGCCACUGGCAGAGGACCCCAGGCUCGACAUGACCUUCAUUCAGCUGGUCAGAGACCCUCGCGCCGUCCUUGCCUCACGCAUGGUGGCCUUCUCCAGCAAGUAUGACGUUUGGAAGCGGUGGGCCAUGGAUGGAGACCUUCCGGUGGACGAGGAUGAAGUAAGGAAGCUCAAAGGAAACUGUGACAACAUCCGCAUGUCUGCUGAGAUCGGACUGAAGCAGCCACCGUGGCUUCGUGGGCGCUACAUGCUAGUGCGCUACGAAGACAUUGCGCGAUUCCCCAUGCGCAAAGCUGCAGAGAUGUAUGACUUCAUAGGCAUUCCCUUCACUGCAAAGGUGGAGGAGUGGAUCCUAAAAAAUACCCAAGCAUCUAAGGAGGUCAGUGGAGUUUAUUCCACCCAAAAGAACUCCUUGGAGCAGGUGGAGAAAUGGAGGUUUAGCAUUCCCUUCAAACUUGUGCAGCUGGUGCAAAAAGUGUGCGGCCCCACCAUGACUCUAUUUGGUUACAAGUUUGCAGAGAACAUAGACAUGCUGACUGAUAAAUCAGUAAGUUUGAUUGAGGAGAGAACAUUUUUAUGAUUCUACACAUAUAUUUCAUGAGGAAGAAUGAUGAGAUUCAUGAAGUAAUAUGUGACAUGAUUUAAACAAGCUGCAAUAUGAACUCCUUGCAUCACUUGUAAACCAGUAUUGUAAACAAAAUAUUAUUUCCUUAUUUGAUAAAUGGCCAGUGAGCUCAUUUGAUGAAUAGUCCUAGCAGGCAUUUGAAUUCUUCUCUACUGUAUAUACUGUACCGUAUAUAUGUUUGUUUGAGGAGAAAUGAGCUGGUGCUGUGUGUUCAUAUAUUCUUACUGCAGCCGGAUUGCAGAACUCUAUGAACCAUGUCAAUGGAGGACUCAUACAGAAAAAAAUCAUUUUCAUAGAUUAAUAUAUUGUCUUAUUUGACAAGGGCUCUUUGUUAUAAACAAAAGUGACAAAGAAUAAUUUUAUAAUUAUGUUCAUAUUACUUUAGGUCAGUUUGUUACGAAAAACCCAUGGUGUCUUGUAAAACAGGCUUUAAAUUUACCCCAUAGGUAUUAAUAAAGUUUUACUAACCCUU